CGCUUCCAAAGCUUCUACCCACGGAAACAUCAUCAUGAAGCAGCCCCUCGUGACGGUGAGGGCAGCUCUAACUGGUGGAAUUGAGUACGAACUCUUCCGGCUCGACCCUGCUGUCAACGGAAGUCGGUCUCCUGCUCUGCUUUCAUUAUGUCUGGUGGGACUCUGUCCGCGCUGACGGCCGGUCUCCUGGCUGCUGCCGCCUCUCUGGCUGCCAAGUUGUCCCUGGGGGGGGACCUCCUGAAGCUGUGCGAGGCCGACGUCCCCGGGGGGGCCGCAUGUAGCCAAUGGAUCCAUGUUCUGCUGCGGCUGCUGUGUGGUGGCCUGAUGCUCAGCUGCAACGCUCUGAUGUGGACCUUCUUCUCCAGAGCCCUCCGUCACUCCUCCUCCACAGCCAGGACCACCCUCACCACCACCGGCUCCAGCUUCAUCUUUUCUGGGAUCCUGGGGCGGCUGAUGUUUGGGGAGAACCACGGGCCUUUGUGGUGGACAGGCAUCAGCCUCACUCUGUGUGGACUGCUGCUGCUUCACGGAACCGCUCAGAUGCCGCCGGUAGACCGCAGCUCCAAGGAUAAGUGAGGCGCCAGACCUUCACCGAAGCAGAGAAGUGACCGAUAGUCUUCGGAGGACGGCUCACUACUGCGGUUGUCAGGAUCCUUUGGUCCUACACCAAAGCUUUGAAAACAAUCUAUAGUGGCAGAGAUGAACCACUUGGUGACAGAAAACUGUUUUUUCCACGAGGUGGUUAAGUAAGUUAGGGUGUGCUGGUUUAAAUAAAUACUUGGGACUGGUUUGAAACUUUAGCUGUUUUUUGUCUGAAGCACUUUGAUGGUACAUGCAGUUCACAAGGCUUCAAAGCUUCAUGGAUGCUGGGAACUGUGGUCUGUGAUUAGCCACCUCUUGGAGCGUCCUCUCAUCUCAGACCAGCAGGAGAAUCUCCACCACUGUUUAAGAACUAAGAAACGUGAAGAGACUUGAGUCGAGGACAUUUUUGUUUCAAAAAAUGCCAUAUUCCUGCACUUGUUUUUCAGAUAAGUCUAGCUUCUUAGCAUGUAUGAAAAUUACAAGUCUAAAAAAAGUCCCAUAAUGAUAAAAAAGAUGAUAGAUGGCAUCUAUAAAAAAGACAAAAGAGGAUAUCUAUCUAUAUAUAUAUAUAUAUGGAAACACUGGAGGGCCUGUCUAAUGUUUAUGGUGUUUUAUGCAUAAGUAAUCUUUUUAUUUUAUUCAUAUAUUUUUUUACGAAUUUCUCUUUUACUUUUCAUUAACUAUUGUUAUUUUUGUAUACUGCUUCUUAACUGGUGUAUUCUUGACAUGCUGCUUUUUUUAAUGUAGUGGGUCUGGGUACUUUUAUUGAUUGGACUACGAGUCUGGAAUAAACUCCAACUGUCCGUCCGUCCGUCUAAAA